UUGAAUUGGAGGCUGGCUUGACCGCAGUAAAGUGGGGUUAAGUUAACUUUUCAACCAAGUUUUGCCACACUUAUAACCUGGAAAUAACGAUAAUAAAUUACAUUGUUAAAAUGUCUCUUUCAAACUUAACCCACGAGGGAGACUAUAGGCCUAGGUCUACGCAUUUCUGUUUAUUUCACUUUAGCCACAACAUAAGAUAGCAGCCUGAACCGGAUGAUGUAGUUUGUGGGCGUUAGCUGCCGUAGAAUAAGUUUCGGUUUUCUGUAAAGAGAAAAUCAGAGAAAUGAAAGUGAAACAGACGAACAUGUAGUCUACAGCACAUAAAUCGCAGAUGAGGACCGUGUUGUAUCCCCUCAGACGACUUGUUGUGGGUAUCAUGGCCUGGUUUAACCGUCGACCUUAUUCUUUUGAGUGGCUAUGGCGCAAUUUAGGUUUUCUAUGGUGCUGUAUAAGAAGAAUAUUCGGAUUUUUACCUUGGCUUAAGAGCGUCGAGAGCCAAGCUGAGCCUGAAAAAAACGUAGAAGACCAGCAAAAUUGCCCAGAGGUGAAGGUGGUCGAGCAGUCUCGCUGUGAUGGUCAAAACGAGAAUUCCGCCGCCGGUAAGAGGCCCGCAGACUUCAACCGAGAUCUCGCCUGCAAGCCGUCGAGACUUGGCGCAGAUAGUGAUGAGUUUGACAGCGAGGAAGAGGAGUAUCGAGUUGAAACCACAGACGAGUUGUACUGUGGCUAUGACUCAACCUGGGAGUCCGAGGGGCACAGAGGAGAGGCACAGAGGGGCACAUUCAUGAGGAACAGGCGACCAGCGGCUUCCAAACAUUACAAGUUCAGCAGAUUUGAAAAUUCUGCAAGAGACAUGCAGAACUACAGGCAUAACUACCCUAACCAGACCAGGCCGCAACGCUUCAUAAAUCCAGUAUCUGAUGAAAAGCCUAAUUUGACGUUCUACCUUGGAUCAACGCCCUCUUUACCUGACGGUGUCUACAUAUACCAAUUCCACAGUGAAUGGUAUGCAAAGUAUGAUCAACUGGAGUUUGUACACUCCUACAUUCAAUGGCUGUUCCCACUGCAGGAACCAGGGAUGAACCAUGAGGCCAGUACUCUGACAAAAGAAGAAAUAAAGGAGUUUUGCCAAAACAGCACCGCGAAGGCCAAUCUAUUGGAGUCGUACAAGCUCAUGUUGGACUUCUAUGGUAUCAGGUUGUGUGAUGAAAACACAGGAGAAGUCGAGAGAGCAUCAAACUGGAAAGACAGAUUUGAUAACCUCAACAGUCACACUCAUAACAACCUGCGCAUCACCCGCAUCCUGAAGUGCCAGGGAACCCUGGGGUAUCCUCACUACCAAGCCCCCCUGGUUCGCUUCUUCCUGGAGGAGACUCUCGUCCGCAAAGAACUCCCAAAUGUCAAGGACAGCGUUCUAAACUACUUUGUGUUUGCCGUCCUUGAUAAGAAACAACGCAGGAGUCUCCUCAAGUUUGCCUAUUUGAACUAUGACCGUAAAGAUGAGUUUGUGUGGUGCCCGAAGAAAAUUCAGAUGAUGUGGUCACGGCAGUCGGCGUCAAAGCCACAAAAUGGCAAUAAAGAGGCUUGUGAGUAUUUGAGUCUGGAUAAGGAAGAUGAAGCCAAAGACCAGGCAAAUUAAGCUGCCAAAGCAUAAUUUGUCACUGUGCUCCAAAUCCAUUCUACAUACUAAUGGUUACUAUACUACACAUUAUGUAGUACAUACUUAUCGUCAUAGUCAGGAACAGGAGGUGAGUGGUGUGAGGUUAGUUGUCAAUCAAACUGCAACUUUGUAAUGCCAAUGAAACUUCACAGACAUCAAAAUGGUGUUCCCUAAAAUGUUGCACUGAGAUUAGUUGGAGCUGGUAAAGCACCAUCCACAAUUUGUUUACUUUUUUUUUUUUUUUUUACAGCAGUUAUUUAUGCAAAUGUUUGUUUGUGUUCACAGUUCAGUUUCAAAACCUUUAUUCUUUUAUCCAGUUUGGUUUGACUUUCAUAAACAAAGUUGCAAUAUUUUGAACUGGGUAAAUAUGUUUAAAUCAUAAAUAUGCAAUUGUAAUGUACUUGUUUUGGUGUGGAUACUUUUGGAGAUUUUUAAGUAUUGCUCAUCAGUUUGACAGCCUAAAACAAUUGUCUAAAAUCUGUGGCUAAAAUGUCAAAUAGUGUUCAUGUACUCCCAA